AGCCAGCAAUGGCAAAUCGUGCGUGGGAUUUGGUAGUUCCGAAAAGGAGGUACCAAACCAAGAAUGGGGGGUCUAGGGCGGGCUGGUUUGGUACGGACCAGAAAUGAGAAGCUACGAGAAGGCGCCAGAAAGGCCCUGAUGUUGGGAGGGUGCGGGGCUGCGGGUCCCAAGGACUCAGAGGGGGCGAGCGAGGGGCUGGAGUUGCGCGGAGGGCCGACUGCGAAGGCACCGGGGCGAAGGCAGGCGAUUGGGCGAGGGAGAAGCUACAGAAUCCCGGUUGCCACGGCAGCGCCCGAAGCACAAGGCCCCGGGGCGCAGGUCGGAGCUCCCGCCGAGCCCCUCCAGAAGCCCCCCCAACCUCACCCGUCCCUCGCUGAGGCCGCGCUGACGUGUCAGCCGGGAACCCGGGGGCCUCCGGGAGGCGACGCCCCUCCGCGCCCCGCCCCCGGCGCCCGCCCCGGCCGCCGCCUCCGCGUCGCCGGCUCCCCAGAGGUGACCACAACAUGGCUGCGGCGCCGGGGCUGCUCCUCUGGCUGCUCCUGCUCGGGCCGCCCUGGCGGGUGCCGGGCAAGCGGAGCCCAGCCGCAGAUCGGCGCUUCUCGGAGCACAAACUCUGCGCGGACGACGAAUGCAGCAUGUUAAUGUACCGGGGUGAAGCUCUAGAAGAUUUUACAGGUCCGGAUUGUCGUUUCAUGAAUUUUAAAAAAGGUGACACUGUAUAUGUCUACUAUAAGCUGUCAGGGAGAUCGCCUGAAGUUUGGGCUGGCAGUGUUGGGCGUAUUUUUGGAUAUUUUCCAAAGGAUUUAAUCCAGGUAGUUUAUGAAUACACUAAAGAGGAGCUACAAGUUCCAGCAGAUGAGACAGAUUUUAUUUGUUUUGAUGGGGGAAGAGAUGAUUUUGAUAAUUAUAAUGUAGAAGAACUUUUAGGAUUUUUGGAAUUGGACAAUUCUGCAAGUGGAGAUUUUGAGAAAGCUCUAGAAAAAACUUCUCAGCCAGUGGAAAAGCUUCCUGAAGUAUCUGAGUACAGUGACCCUGAACCUGAACCAACAGAAGCCAACUCAAAGGAAAGUGAAGAUGUAUUCUCAGAAAACACUCAAGAACUUAGGGAAAGCUUUGGAACUCAGAAGAACCUCCCCCAUGGAAACAGUCAAAUAGAUCGUGCACCGGGAGACCAAUCUUUAUUUGAACCUUUUGAAGAGAAACUGCAAGAUAAAUUAAAAGUGCCAGAAAGUGAAAACAACAAAACCGGCAAUAGUUCUCAGGUCUCAGAUGAACAGGAGAGGAUUGGCGCUUAUACACUUUUGAAAAAAGACAUGACUCUGGACUUGAAAACCAAAUUUGGCUCAACUGCUGAUGCACUUGUGUCCGAUGAUGAGACAACCAGACUUGUUACUUCAUUGGAAGAUGAUUUUGAUGAGGAAUUGGAUGAGUAUUACACAGUUGGGAAGGAAGAAGAGGAGAAUAAAGAAAACUUUGAUGAGGUACCAUUACUAACCUUUAUAGAUGCAGAAGAUAUGAAAACUCCAUUGAAAUCUGAAGUUGAGGAAUAUUUGACAGAUAAUGAGCAGAAUUCAAAUGAAGAGGUUAAGCUCAAGGCAGCUCAGCCCCCUGGCAUCAAAAGCCAUGAUAAGAAUACACUAACAACCUCGGAGGAUACUAUCUUCUCGGUUGUCACCGAAGGUAAAGAACAAAUAGGUGUGGGUUUGGAGAGUUCCAAUUCAGGGGAAGAAAAGGAAGGUGACAGUGCAUUAGUCUCAGAUAGCAAGUGGAGGAAACCGCAGUCACCAACAGAUCAUACUGCCCCUAAAAAGGCAGAGGAAGGUCAUUUGACUGUAGAACUUCCUAAAACAAAUGAUGACAAAGACCCACAAAUGGACACAGAACCUCACAUUAUAGGAAAAAGGAAUAAAGCCGAGGAAUCCAAGAGGGGCCUGGUGCAGGAUGGGACAGAUCUAGAGGAUGAGAAGCGAGAAGGCAGGGCAGUUCACAGUUCUACUCAAAGUAGUAACCUCAACUCUCUGCCAGCUGCUGAAAAGCAUAAAGAGACAUUGAAGUCAGCCUUUGAUAACAAAGAAAAGGACCUAAAAGGAGCAGCUGUUCACAUCUCAAAAGGAGUGCUCCAUGAAGUAAUACCUGAAGAGCAGAUUUUGGAAGGUGGGUUGGAGCAUGAAUCAGUGCAUAAAGCUGCAGGGAAUCACGUGAGCAAAGGAAAGCUGAGACAGGAAGGCACAGAUACUGCUCUGCUGUUGGGAGAUGAUCAGCAUAAUGCCUCCAAAGACAGUGUGGAGAAAUUAGAUGUUCUAGUAAGUGGGCCCAAAACACACACGCUUUCAUUAGAGCAUCCCAGUGAGAAAUCUGAAGAGAAACAGCUUCUUAAAACUCACAACCAACCUUCACUCUUCUCUCCAGGUGAAAUUGAUUUGCCAAGAGAACUGGAAGAAGAGGGUCCCAUUCUGGGGAGAAAUCUUUCCUGGCAACGAGAAAGAGAUGUGGCUGCUGCAGUUAAUAAGCAAAUGAAUGAGAAGGUAAGGGUCUCUGAGGAAGAGGUCAAAAAGGACUCCUCAGCUGAAGAGUUCGUUCGUCACCAGCCAGUACUGGGCACACAGGAAGUGGAACCAGCAGACCAAUCUGACAGCACAGAAGUUCCAGGUUUCCCUGCUGAGAAACCCCCAGCAGAAGAUGAUGGUUACAGCUUCGAGGAACUACUGGAAGAUGAAAAUGCUGUAAGUGCAAAACAGUCUAAAGAAAAAAGUCCUGAGAUUAAGGACAGGUGGUUAGAUGUUAACCUGCAAGGCCCUGAAAGAACUAUUAUAGGUGCCACUAAUACUGAUUCAGAAGCCGAAGAAAACAAAGAAACUAGUAAUAUUUUGGAAACUGGAAAAAAAGGUGAAACUGUGGGCAAAGGGGUGAACACAGUAGGCAAGGAACUGGAUGAUACAGUGGUGGAAAAAGAAGAAAGCCCUCUUGUAGAUCGGAAAGCACAGACACCAUCUGAAGUAAGUGACUUUCCUGACAAGAAAAAGAAUCAGGCUUCAAAGAUAGGUGAAGUGUCUGAGAAAAAAGAUUCUGAUUAUCUUAAAGAAAAUAGCCCUGAGGAACACCUGAAGGCCUCAGGGCUCACAAAAGAGCCUGGAGUAGAAGAACUCUCGGAAGAGGACCAGGGGGACUUAGGGAAAUUCAUGGGCACAGAAAGCCAGGAGUCUGCCUCUGAGGAACCUGAGGGUGACCCGUUUCACUGGACUCCCCGUACAGCCAUAGAGCUGGAGCACAGUGACUUGCCUAUCAUAGGCGGCUUCUUUAAAGAACUGCAGUCUUUGCAGCGGUUCCAGAAGUACUUUGAUGUCCGUGAGCUGGAAGCCAUGUUCCAGGAAAUGUCAUUAAAGCUGAAGUUAGCACAGCGGGAGAGCCUGCCCUAUAAUGUGGAAAAAGUCCUAGAUAAGGUCUUUCGUGCAUCUGAGUCACAAAUUCUGAGCGUAGCCGAGAAAAUGCUGUAUACGCGAGUGGCUGAAAAUAGAGAUCUGGGAAUGAAGGAAAAUAACAUACUUGAAGAAGCUGCAGUGCUAGAUGAUAUUCAAGACCUGAUCUAUUUUGUCAGGUACAGACACUCCACAGCAGAGGAGACUGUACCACUGGGAACAGCACAGCCUCCCGAGGAAGACUGGGGUGGACCAGAGGAAGAGAUACAGCCACCACUUGAAGACAAUUUCCCACAAGAUAAUACAGAAGAUCCUAAAGUACAGAUCCCUGAAGAGCCCAGCCACUUGGAUCAACCUGUGACUAGUGACACAAGUGUCUCAGAAGCGUGGCAGAAGCCAGACACGGAGAAAGACGCAGACCCAGGGAUAAUUAUAACAGAAAGCACUCCUCUUGAUCCUGUUGAUGCAAAAAAGCAACUAGAAACAAAGGCUGAGGAGCCAGCAAGUGUCACACCUUUGGAAAGUGCCAUUCUUUUAAUAUAUUCAUUCAUGUUUUAUUUAACUAAGACGGUAAGUUUAACAUAUAUAGUUUCUUCAGAUAGAAUGUUGAUUAUUAGUUUCUAAUCUUGAACAUGAGAUAAAGAACUGAAAAUGUGUCUAUGAAGAUAAUUCCUGAUCCUUUGAAGAUUGCCUCUGAAACAAGCCUCCGAUAUAUAUGAC